GGGGGAGUUCGCCAGGGGCCCGCAGUGCGACGCGAGCGCGCGAGCGGGCGGCCCAGGACCCCGAGCGGGCGUAGCGCAGCAGACAGGCCGCAGUCGCCACCGGAUCCCGCCCUGCUCACCGCCAUGCCGUCCGUUGUCCCUGCCUGAGCCGCGGCGGUCGGCGAGCCGGCAGGCCUCUGGCCGCCGGGGCCAUGCGCGCCCUGCGCUGACGAUGCCGCCUGGCGCGCCCGCCCGGCUGGCGCUGGCCCUGGGCCUGGGCCUGUGGCUCGGGGGGCUGGCGGGGGCCCCCGGGCGCGGCUGCGGGCCGUGUGCGCCCCCUUGUCUCUGUGGCCCGGCGCCGGGAGCCGCCUGCCGCGUCAACUGCUCAGGCCGCGGGUUGCGGACGCUCGGGCCCGCGCUGCGCAUCCCCGCGGACACCACCGCCCUAGACGUCUCCCACAACUUGCUCCAGACGCUGGACGUCGGGCUCCUGGCAAACCUCUCAGCGCUGGUGGAGCUGGACAUAAGCAACAAUAAGAUUUCUACGUUAGAAGAAGGAAUAUUUGCUAAUUUAUUUAAUUUAAGUGAAAUAAACCUGAGCAGGAACCCAUUUGAGUGUGACUGUGGUCUGGUGUGGCUGAGGCGCUGGACAGAGGAUCAGCGGAUUCAUGUGGUGCAGCCAGAGGAGGCUACGUGCACAGGGCCAGGCCCCCUGGCCGGCCAGCCCCUCCUCAGCCUCCCCUUCCCGGAUAGCAGCUGUGGUGAGGAGUACGUUGGCUGUCUCCCUGACAACAGCUCGGAUACCAUGGUGGUGGUGGCCUUCUCCACUGCCCACAGGGGCCCACUGGCACCUGAGGCCUGCAGCACCUUCUGCUUCUUAGGUGGCCAGGGCCUAGCAGCCCUCUCGGAGCAGGGCCAAUGUCUGUGUGGGGCAGCCCAGACCCCCAACACCUCCAUGGCCUGUCUGUCCCUGUGUUCCAGCCCCCUGCCACCCAUCCCUGCCUGCGGGGGCCCCACCUUCCUCCAGCAUGUCUUCCCUGCUUCCCCAGGGGCCACCCUGGUGGGGCCCCAUGGACCCCUGGCCUCUGGCCAGCCAGCAGCCUUCCACAUCACCACCACCUCCCUGCCCAUCAGCACCGUGUGCUGGGACUUUGGCGAUGGCUCUCCCAAGCUGGACGUGGCUGGUCCUGCUGCCACCCACCGCUAUGUGCUGCCUGGACACUAUCAUGUGAUGGCAGUACUGGCCUUAGGGGCUGGUUCAGCCACACUGGAGACAGAGGUGCAAGUAGAGGUGGCACCUGCUGCCCUGGAGCUUGUGUGCCCGUCCUCUGUGCACAGAGAUGAGAGCCUUGAGUUGGGUAUCCGGAACCGUGGAGGCUCAGACCUUGAGGCUACCUACAGCAUCCUAGCCUUGGACGAGGAACCAGUCCAAGUGGUUCACCCGCUCUGCCCCUCGGAUACGGAGAUCUUCCCUGGCAAUGGGCACUGCUACCGCCUGGUGGCAGAGAAGGCGCCCUGGCUGCAGGCACAGGAGCAGUGCCGGGCCUGGGCUGGGGCCGCCUUGGCCAUGGUGGACAGUCCUGCAAUCCAGCACUUCCUGGUCUCCCAGGUUACCAGGAGCCUGGAUGUAUGGAUUGGCUUCUCAGCUGUGGAGGGGGCAGAGGUGGGCCUGGCACCCCAGGGCGAAGCCUUCAACCUGGAGAGCUGUCAAAACUGGCUGCCUGGGGAGCCGCACCCAGCCACGGCUGAGCACUGUGUGCGGCUGGGGCCUGCUGGACAGUGCAACACAGACCUGUGCUCAGCACCUCAUAGCUACGUCUGUGAGCUGCGGCCUGGAGGCCCCAUGUGGGAUGCUGAGAACUUCCUCAUGGGAGUGCCUGAUGGCGGCCUGCAGGGCCCCCUGAUUCUGCUGACACCACAGGAAGGCCUCUUGCCACCCCGGCAGCCCGUGGAGGUCAUGGUGUUCCCUGGCUUGAGCCCCAGCCAUGAAGGCUUCCUCACUACAGCUGAGUUUGAGACCCAGGAGCUUGAGGGGCCUGCCCAGUUGCGGCUUCAGGUGUACCGGCCUUCAGGAGGGGCAGGGGCUCCAGAAAAUAAAAGUGAGCCUGUUUACAGGACUGAGCCAGCCCCCAGGUGUAUGCCAGAGGGAUGCUGGUGUCCUGGUGCCAAUCUCUGUGUGCCGCUGGAUGCUGCCUGCCACCUUUGGGCCUGUGCCAAUGAGUCCGUGUUAGAGCCUAGGCUCCCCAGACACACUUAUGCUCUGUGGAAAGAGUUCCUUUUUUCUGUGCCUGCAGGGCCCCCCAUGCAGUACUCGGUAACCUUCCAUGGCCAGGACAUCCCUGUGCUCCCUGGUGACCUCAUUGGCUUACAGCAUGAUGCUGGUUCAGGUGCCCUACUGCAGUGUCCCCUGGCACCCAGCCAGGUUGGCCCCCAGGCCCUAUACCUCUCUACCAAUGCCUCCAACUGGCUAGCUCACCUGCCCACCCUGCUGGAUGAUGCUCAGCCUGGCCCUGCCUGUAUCCUGCAGCUGGUUACAGCCACCGAGCGGCUCAGCCCUCUGCUGGGCCUGAGGUCCAACCCUGGGCUGCAGCAUCCCGGGCGCUAUGAGGUCCGGGCCACAGUGGGCAACAGUGUAUCCAGGCAUAACCUUUCCUGCAGCUUCAAUGUGAUCUCCCCAGUGGCUGGGCUCCGGCUCAUCUACCCGGCUGCCAUUGAUGGCCGACUCUAUGUGCCAACCAAUGGCUCGGUCUUGGUGCUUCAGGUGGACUCUGGUGCCAAUGCUACAGCCACAGCUCACUGGCCUGGGGGCAAUGUCAGUGCACCUUUGGAGGCUGCCUGCCCCACUAUGCUGGAUUCCCUCAAGCCCAGCUGUACCCAAGAGACCAACAACACCCUGUUUUCAGUGUUGGCACUUCCUGGGCUCAGCCACGGGGAGCAUGCUGUGGAUAUUGUGGUGCAGAACAGUGCUGGCCAGGCCAACCUCAGCCUGAGAGUGAUGGCAGAGGAACCCAUCCUUGGUCUCCAUGCUACACCUGUUCCCAAGGCCCGGGUACUACAGGGUGCCCUAGUGCGGUACAGCCCUGUGGUGGAGGCCGGCUCUGAUGUGGUCUUUCGGUGGACCAUUGAUGAUAAGCAGUCCCUGACUUUCCACAAUGUUGUCUUCAAUGUCAUCUACCAAAGUGCUGCCAUCUUCAAGCUCUCGCUCACAGCCUCCAACCAUGUGAGCAAUGUCACUGUGAACUAUAAUGUCACGGUGGAGCGCAUGAACAGGAUGCGGAGCCUGCAGGUAUCUGCAGUGCCAGCUGUGUUGCCCCCUAACACCGUGCUGGCACUGAUGGCCAGUGUGCUGGUGGACUCAGCUGUGGAGGUGGCCUUUCUGUGGACCUUUGGGGAUGGGGAACAGGUGCUUGGCCAAUUCAAGCCUCCAUACAACAAGUCCUUCCAGGUUCCGGACCCUACUGUGGCCCAGGUGUUGGUGGAGCACAAUGCCACGCAUACCUAUACUGACCCAGGUGAGUACAACUUGACUGUCCUCGUAUCCAACGCCUUUGAGAACCUGACACAGCAAGUGCCCGUGAGUGUACGUGACACACUGCCUGCUGUGGCCAUAAGUGUGAGCAACAGCACCUUGGUGGCCGGCUGGCCUGUCACCUUCUCACCGCACCCACUGCCUUUGCCUGGUGGUGUCCUAUAUACAUGGGACUUUGGGGAUGGUUCCCCUGUCCUGAUAAAGAGCCAACCAGCAGUAAAUUAUACCUACACCAGGACAGGCACCUACCACAUCUGCCUGGAGGUCAACAACACGGUGAGCAGUAUGGUAGCACACACAGCUGUCCACGUCUUCCAGGAGCUAAGUGGGCUGAGUGUGCAGCUGAGCCCGGCUGUGGAACAGGGAACUCCUGUGGUGGUCAGCGCUACUGUGGAGACAGGUGACAAUGUCACAUGGACCUUUGACAUGGGGGAUGGCACAGUACUCACCGGCUCUGAGGCCACAGUGCAGCAUGUGUAUCUGCGGGCACAGAACUGUACAGUGACAGUGGGUGCAGCCAGCCCUGCAGGCCACCUGACUCAAAGCCUGCCCGUGCAUGUUUUUGUCCUGGAGGUCCUGCGUAUCGAGCCUUCCACAUGCAUCCCCACCCAACCUGAUGCCCACCUGACAGCCCAUGUUGCUGGGGACCCUGGCCACUAUCUUUUUGACUGGACCUUUGGGGAUGGCUCCUCUAACACGACUGUUCAAGGGUGCCCAACAGUGACACAUAACUUCACAAGGAGUGGUAUAUUCCCCCUUACAUUGAUCCUGUCAAGCCGUGUGAACAAGGCACAUUACUUCACCAGUGUCUGCGUAGAGCCAGAGGUGGGCAACGUCACCCUGCGGCCUGAGCGGCAGUUUGUGCAGCUUGGGGAUGAAGCCCGGUUGGUGGCCUGCACCUGGCCUCCAUUCUCCUACCACUACACCUGGGACUUUGGCAUUGAAGACACUGCCCCCACCCGUGCCUGGGGCCCUGAGGCAAUAAUGAUCUACCAAGAUCCGGGUUCCUACUUGGUGACAGUCACUGUGUCCAACAACGUCUCUGCUGCCAAUGACUCAGCUCUUGUGGAGGUACAGGAGCCCAUGGUGGUCACUGGUAUCAGAGUCAACAGCUCUCAUGUGCUGGAGCUGCAGCAACCUUACCUGUUCUCUGCCAUGGGCCAUGGGCAUCCCACCACCUACCUGUGGGAGCUGGGGGAUGGCACACAGCUCGAGGGCCCUGAAGUGACCCAUAUCUACAACAGCAUGGGUGACUUUACCGUCAGGGUGUCUGGCUGGAAUGAGGUGAGCCACAGUGAGGCUUGGCUCAAUGUCACAGUGAAGCAGCGCAUACAGGGGCUGAGCAUCAAUGCCAGCCGUAUGGUAGUGCCCCUGAAUGGCAGUGUGAGUUUCAGCACCACACUGGAAGCAGGUAGUGAUGUGCACUACUCCUGGGUGCUGUGUGACCGCUGCACACCCAUCCCUGGGGGCCCCACCAUCUCCUACACCUUCCGCUCAGUGGGCACCUUCAACAUCAUCGUGACAGUCGAAAAUGAGGUGAGCACAGCCCAAGACAGCAUCUUCAUCUACGUCCUGCAGCUCAUUGAGGGCCUGCAGGUGGCAGGUGGUGACAGCGGCUGCUGCUUUCCCACCAACCACACGUUGCAGCUGCAGGCCAUGGUCAGGGACGGCACCAACAUUUCCUACAGCUGGACCGCCCAGAAGGAUGGCAGCACGGCCCUAGUAGGCAGUGGCAAGAGCUUCUCACUCACUGUGCUUGAGGCUACCACCUAUCACAUCCAGCUGCAGGCCACCAACAUGCUGGGCAGUGCCUCAGCCAACCGCACCAUAGACUUUGUGGAGCCUGUGGGGUUUCUGACUGUGGCUGCCUCUCCCAAUCCAGCUGCCAUCAAUUCGAGUAUCACUUUUGAUGCUGAGCUGGCGGGUGGCAGUGGUGUGGUUUAUACUUGGUCCUUAGAGGAAGGGCUAAGCUUGGAGACCUCUGAACCGUCCGCCACCCAUGCCUUUUCCACAUCUGGCCUGCACCUGGUUAGGGUUACUGCUGGAAACCAGCUGGGCUCAGUUAAUGUCACCAUUGAGGUGGCUGUCCAAGUACCUGUGAGGAACCUUAGCAUUAGGGCUGGUGAACCAGACAGUAGCUUUGUGGCCACCGGCACCACCGUGCCCUUCUGGGGACAGCUGGCCACAGGCACCAAUGUAAGUUGGUGUUGGGCUGUGCCAGGUGGCAGCAGGCAUAGCCAGCAUAUUGCCGUGGGCUUCCCAGAUGCUGGAGUCUUCUCCAUCCAGCUCAAUGCCUCCAACGCGGUCAGCUGGGUCUCAGCUAUGCACAACAUCACGGUUGAGGAACCCAUCAUGGGCCUAGUGCUAUGGGCCAGUAGCAAGGUGGUAGCGCCUGGACAGCUGGUCCACUUUCAGAUCUUGCUGGCAGCUGGCUCGGCCGUCACCUUCCACCUGCAGGUUGGCGGGACCAGCCCCGAGGUGCUUCCCAGGCCCCGUUUCUCCCACAGCUUCUCCCGGGUUGGAGAUCACGUGUUGAGUGUGCAGGCUGAGAACCAUGUGAGCCGGGGCCAGGCACAAGUGCGUGUCUUGGUGCUAGAGGCUGUUGACGGGCUGCAGGUACCCAACUGCUGUGAGCUUGGCAUGGCCACAGGCACCGAGAAGAACUUCACAGCUCGGGUACAGCGGGGUUCUCGAGUUGCCUACGCUUGGUACUUCUCUUUGCAGAAGGUCCAGGGUGACUCCCUGGUCAUUCUCUCAGGCCGUGAUGUCACCUAUACCCCUGUGGCUGCAGGGCUGCUGGAGAUCCACGUGCGUGCCUUUAAUGAACUGGGUGGUGUGAACCUCACACUUGCAGUGGAGGUCCAGGAUCCCAUCCAGUAUGUGGUGCUGCACAGUGGCCGCUGCUUUGCCAACCGCUCAGCCCGGUUUGAAGCUACCACGAGCCCCAGCCCCCGGCGUGUGGCCUACCACUGGGACUUUGGGGAUGGGGCCCCAAUGCAGGACACAGAGGAGCCCUGGGCUGACCACUCCUACUUGCAGCCUGGGGACUACCGUGUGGAGGUGAAUGCCUCCAACCUGGUGAGCUUCUUUGUGGUGCAGGCCACAGUGACGGUCCAGGUGCUAGCUUGCAGGGAGCCUGAGGUGGACGUGGCCCUCCCCCUGCAGGUAUUGAUGCGGCGCUCCCAGCGCAACUACUUGGAGGCUCACAUUGACCUGCGUGAUUGUGUCACCUACCAGACUGAGUACCGCUGGGAGGUGUACCGUACUGCCAGCUGCCAGCGACCAGGGCCUAUGGCACGGGUGGUCCUGCCUGGCGUGGAUGUGAGCCGGCCCCAGCUGGUAGUUCCACGACUGGCACUGCCUGUAGGCCACUAUUGCUUCGUGUUUGUGGUGUCAUUUGGGGACACACCUUUGUCACAGAGCAUUCAGGCCAAUGUAACAGUGGCUGCCGAGCGCCUGGUUCCUAUUAUUGAAGGUGGCUCAUAUCGCGUGUGGUCAGACAUGCAGGACCUGGUGCUGGAUGGGAGCAAGUCCUACGACCCCAACCUGGAAGAUGAUGACCAGACACCACUUAACUUCCACUGGGCCUGUGUGGCUGCUACACAGAGCAAGACCAGUGGGUGUGUGCUGAACUUCGGGCCCCGCGGGAGCAGUGUGGUCACCAUCCCUAGGGAACGCCUAGAGGCCGGUAUAGAGUACACCUUCAAUCUCACUGUGUGGAAAGCAGGCAGGAAGGAGGAGGUUGCCAGUCAGAUGGUGCUGGUCCGAAGUGGUCGGGUGCCCAUUGUGUCACUGGAGUGUGUGUCCUGCAAGGCACAGGCAGUGUAUGAAGUGAGCCGCAGUUCCUACGUGUACCUGGAGGGCCGCUGCCAUAACUGCAGCAGUGGCUCCAAGCGCGGGCAUUGGGCUGCACAUACCUUUAGCAAUAAGACUCUGGUGCUGGAUGAGACUACCACAUCCACAGGCAGCUCAGAUAUGCGGCUAGUGGUGCGUCGUGGUGUGCUACGGGAUGGUGAGGGCUACAUCUUCACGCUCACAGUACUUGGGCACUUGGGCGAGGAGGAGGGCUGUGCCUCCAUCCGCCUCUCACCCAACCGGCCCCCACUGGGGGGUGCAUGUCGCCUCUUCCCACUGGAUGCAGUGUGUGCCCUUACCACCAAAGUGCACUUCGAAUGCGUGGGCUGGCAGGAUGCAGAGGAUGCAAGUGCCCCACUAGUGUAUGCCCUGCUGCUGCGGCGCUGUCAUCAGGGCUACUGUGAGGAGUUCUGUAUCUACAAGGGUAGCCUCUCCACCUAUGCAGCUGUGCUGCCCCCAGGCUUCCAGCCUGGCUUUGAGGUGGGACUAGCUGUGGUUGUACAGGAUCAGCUGGGUGCUGCAGUGGUUGCCCUCAACAGGUCUCUGACCAUUGUCCUGCCGGAGCCCAAUAGCUCCAUGAGUCUUAUUCCCUGGCUGCACAGCCUGACCGCCAGUGUGCUGCCUGGGCUCCUCAGACAGGCUGACCCCCAGCAUGUCAUUGAAUACUCGCUGGCCCUCAUCACUGUGCUCAAUGAGUAUGAGCAGGCCCCAGAUGUGGCCACAGAGCCUGACUCUGAGCAGCAGCUGAGGGCCCAGAUGCGCAAGAACAUCACAGAGACCCUGGUUUCCCUGCGGGUCAACACUGUGGAUGACAUCCAGCAGAUCACUGCUGCACUGGCCCAGUGCAUGGUGUCCAGCAGAGAGCUUGUGUGCCGCUCGUGCCUGAAGCAGACGCUGCACAAGCUGGAGGGCAUGAUGCGCAUCCUGCAGGCUGAGACCACUCAGGGUACUGUGACACCCACCACCAUCGCUGACAGUAUCCUUAACAUCACAGGUGACCUCAUCCACUUGGCCAGCUCGGACAUACAGAGCCCACAGCCCUCAGAACUGGGGACUGAAUCGCCUUCAUUGAUGGUGGCAUCUAAGGCCUACAACCUCUCAUCAGCCCUCAUGUGCAUCCUCAUGCAUUCCCGUGUACUCAAUGAGGAACCUCUGACCCUGGCGGGUGAGGAGAUUGUGGCACAGGGCAAGCGCUCAGACCCACACAGCCUGCUGUGCUAUGGCAACACCUCAAGCUCCGGUUGCCAUUUCUCCAUCCCUGAGGCCUUCAGUGGGGCACUGUCCAACAUCAGCGAUGUAGUACAGCUCAUCUUCCUUGUGGAUUCCAAUCCUUUUCCUUUUGGCUACAUCAGCAAUUAUACUGUCUCAACCAAGGUGGCAUCUAUGGCCUUCCAGACACAGGCCGGCGCCCAGAUUCCCAUAGAGCGACUGGCCACAGAGCGUGCCAUCACCGUGAAGGUCCCCAGCAACUCGGACCAGGCUGCCCAGGGUCCCCACGCCCCUGUUGGAUCAGCUGUCGUCCAGCCCCGGGCCUCUGUCAGUGCUGUGGUCACUCCGGACAACAGCAACCCCGCAGCAGGGCUGCACCUGCAGCUUACCUACACAGUGCUGAGCGGUGGGUGUCACGCAGAGCGCUACCUGUCUGAGGAGCCUGAGCCCUACCUGGCUGUCUACCUGCACUCAGCGCCCCAGCCCAAUGAGUACAACUGCUCAGCCAGCAGGAAGAUCAACCUGGAGGUGCUGACUGGUGCCGACCACAGGCCCUACACCUUCUUCAUUGCCCCAGGGACUGGAUACCCAGGUGGGAGUUACCACCUGAACCUGACCAGCCACUUCCACUGGUCAGCACUGGAGGUGUCUGUGGGCCUGUACACAUCCCUGUGCCAGUACUUCAGCGAGGAGGAGAUGAUGUGGAGGACAGAGGGGCUUGUGCCUCUGGAGGAGACUUCACCCAGCCAGGCCGUCUGCCUCACCCGUCACCUCACUGCCUUUGGUGCCAGCCUCUUUGUGCCACCCAGCCAUAUCCACUUCAUCUUCCCUGAGCCAGCUGCUCGUGUGAACUACAUCGUGCUCCUGACGUGUGCCAUGUGCCUUGUAACCUACGCUGUCAUGGCUGUGAUCCUGCGCAGGCUGGACCACCUGGAUGUCAGCUGGGCCCGUGUCAUCCCUUUCUGCGGGAAGGGGGGCCGCUUCAAGUAUGAGAUCCUGGUCAAGACUGGCUGGGGCCGAGGUUCAGGUACCACGGCCCACGUGGGCAUCAUGCUGUAUGGAGCAGAUAGCCGGAGUGGCCACCGACACCUGGAUGGGGAUAGGGCAUUUCAUCGCAACAGCCUGGACAUCUUCCGGAUUGCCACCCCGCACAGCCUGGGAAAUGUGUGGAAGAUCCGUGUGUGGCAUGACAACAAAGGUCUGGGGAAGUGUUGCUGCUGUUGCUGCUCCUGCACUCUGCUGAUACCCCGGCCCCCACGUCCUCCCUCCAUCCCCUGCCAGUACCCUAGUCCUCACCCUACCACCACCUCCACAGGUCUCAGCCCAGCCUGGUUUCUGCAGCAUGUCAUCGUUAGGGACCUGCAGAGUGCCCGAAGUACCUUCUUCUUGGUCAAUGAUUGGCUGUCUGUGGAGACAGAGGCCAAUGGUGGCCUAGUGGAGAAGGAAGUACUGGCUGCAAGUGAUGCAGCCCUGUGGCAAUUCCAGCGCCUCCUAGUGGCAGAGCUGCAGCGUGGUUUCUUUGAUAAGCACAUCUGGCUCUCCAUAUGGGACAGACCAGCUCGCAGUCGCUUUACUCGUGUCCAGAGGGCCACCUGCUGUGUCCUCCUCAUCUGCCUCUUCCUGGGUGCCAAUGCUGUGUGGUAUGGGGUUGUGGGAGAUGCCACCUACAGUGUGGGGCCCGUGUCUAGUCUGAUCCCACCGAGUGUCAACACAGUUGCCAUUGGCCUGGUGUCCAGUGUGGUUGUCUAUCCUGUCUACUUGGCUAUCCUGUUCCUCUUUCGGAUGUCCCGGAGCAAGGUCGCUGGUGGCCCAAGCCCCAGCCCCACAGGGCAGCAGGCACUGGAGCUGGAUAGCUGCCUGGACACAUCUGUGCUGGACAGCUCCUUCCUCACGUUCUCAGGCCUCCGCACUGAGGCCUUCACAGGACAAGCGAAAAGUGACUUGUUUCUGGAUGAUUCGAAAAGCCUGGUGUGCUGGCCCUCUAGUGAAGGCACACUCAGUUGGCCAGACCUGCUCAGCGACACGUCCAUUGUGUGUAGCACCCUGCAGCGGCUGGCAAGGGGCCGGACAGGCCGAGGGCUGGGCUCAGAAGAAGACAGCCUCUCUCUGGUCAGCCCCUCCUCACCUGCCAAAUACUUCUCAGUGUCAGAUGAAGACCUCAUCCGGCAGGUCCUGGCUGAAGGGGCUAGCAGCCUAGUGGUCACCCAGGACACCCUCGUAGAAACGGACCUGCUCACUGGCUUGUCCAGCACUCCUGGGGAGAAGAAGAAGACAACAGCAAUGCAGAAGUUUGGAGCCAGUGGGCCUCCUGGCCCGGGCUCAACCUGGGAACAGCCCCCAUUGCCCCGGCUCUCCAGGACAGGACUGGUGGAAGGUCUGCAGAAGCGAUUGAUGCCUGCCUGGUGUGCCCCACUGGCCCACGGGCUCAGCCUGCUCCUGGUGGCUGUGGCUGUGGGCGUCUCAGGGUGGGUUGGUGCCAGCUUUCCCCCCAGCGUGAGUGUCAUGUGGCUUCUCUCGAGCAGCUCCAGCUUCUUGGCCUCAUUCCUUGGCUGGGAGCCACUGAAGGUCCUGCUGGAAGCCCUUUACUUCUCACUGGUGGCCAAGCGGCUGCACCCUGAUGAAGACGACACCCUGGUAGAGAGUCCAGCCGUGACACCAGUGAGCGAGCGUGUGCCCCGUGUGAGGCCUCCCCAUGGCUUUGCUCUCUUCUUGGCAAAGGAGGAAGCUCGAAAGGUCAAGAGGCUGCAUAGCAUGCUAAGGAGCCUCUUGGUACACAUGCUUUUCCUGCUGGUGACACUGUUGGCCAACUAUGGGGAUGCCUCCUGCCACAGCCAUGCCUAUCGUCUGCAGAGCGCCAUCAAACAGGAGCUGGAUAGCCAAGCCUUUCUGGCCAUCACCCGGUCUGAAGAGUUCUGGCCAUGGAUGUCCCAUGUGCUGCUGCCCUACAUCCAUGGAAACCAGUCCAGCCCUGAGCUGGGGCCCCCACGGCUGCGGCAGGUGCGGCUACAGGAAGCACUCUGUCCAGACCCUCCCAGCCCUGGGGUGCAUCUGUGCCCUGCUGCAAGAGGCUUCAGCACCACUGACUAUGGCAUUGGCUGGCAGAGUGCAGCCCACAACAGCUCAGAGACAUGGACCUACUCUGUGCCUGACUUACUAGGCACCUGGUACUGGGGUUAUUGUGCGGUGUACGACAGCGGUGGCUACAUGCAAGAGCUGGGCCUGAGCCUGGAGGAAAGCCGUGCACGUCUGCACUUCUUGCAGCAGCACAACUGGCUUGACAGCAAGAGCCGUGCCGUGUUUGUGGAGCUCACACGCUACAGCCCAGCUGUAGGGCUGCACGCUGCCAUCACACUGCGCCUCGAGUUUCCUGCCGCCGGCCGUGCCCUGGCAGCUCUCAGCAUCCGCCCGUUUGCACUGCUGCGGUUCAGCACAGGACUGUCUCUGCCACUGCUCACAUCAGUGUGCCUGCUGCUGUUUGCGCUGUACUUCUCUGUGGCAGAGGCUCAAGCCUGGCGCAAGGAGGGCUGUUCACACACCACACAGCCUGGGGCUUGGGCACGGUGGCUCCUGGUGGCCCUGACAACAGCUGCAGCACUGGUACGUCUGGCCCAGCUAGGCACCGCCGACCGCCAGUGGACCCGCUUCUUGCACAGCCGCCCCCACCACUUCACCAGCUUUGACCAAGUGGCACAGUUAAGCACUGCAGCCCGUGGCCUGGCAGCUUUGCUGCUCUUCCUGCUUCUGGUCAAGACUGCCCAGCAGCUGCGGUUCGUGCGCCAGUGGUCUGUGUUUGGUAAGACCCUGUGGCGGGCCCUGCCGGAGCUCCUAGGGGCCACUUUGGGCUUGGUUAUACUUGGAGUGGCCUAUAGCCAGCUAGCUGUUCUGGUAAGUAGUUAUGCCUGGGUCCGUGGGGAGGCCUCAGCCUGCCACACGCUCAUUCCUGCCCCUACCCUACAGCUCGUCUCCUCUUGCAUGGAUUCCCUCCACAACAUGGUCCAGGCCCUCUUGGUGCUAUGCCCUGGGGCCAGGGCUCCCACCCCAUGCCUGGGUGAGUCCUGGCACCUGUCCUCUCUGCUGUGCAUGGGACUCUGGGCUCUGCGCCUGUGUGGAGCUCUGAGACUGGGUGCAGUCCUUCUGUGCUGGCGGUACCACUCUCUGCGGGGGGAACUCUACCGCCCAGCCUGGGAACCCCAGGACUACGAGAUGGUGGAGCUCUUCCUGCGCAGGCUGCGCCUCUGGAUGGGAUUCAGCAAGGUCAAGGAGUUCCGCCACAAAGUCCGCUUUGAAGGAAUGGAGCCGCUGCCCUCCCGAUCAUCCAGGGGUUCCAAGUCUUCCCCAGAGGCACCCCCACCGAGUGGUGGCUCUGAUGCUUCACACCCCUCCACCUCCUCCAGCCAGCAGGAUGGGCUGAAUGCAGGCCCAGGCCGCCCAGGGCCCCAGGGGGAGCCUGAGCCAGAGCCAGAGCCCUCCCGCCUCCAUGCUGUGUUUGAGGCCCUGCUCACCCAGUUUGACCGACUCAACCAGGCCACAGAGGAUGUCUACCAGCUAGAGCAGCAGCUGCAAAGGCUUCAAGGCUGUGGGAGCACCCAGUUUCCUCCAUCACCUCCCCCUAUCCCCUCCCCAAGCCCAAGGCCAGCCCUGCCCAGCCGCCUUGCCCAGGCCAGUCAGGGCCUGGCUAUAGGCCCCAGCAGGACACCUCUGUGGGCCAAGAACAAGGUCCACCCCAGCAGCACUUAGCCCCAGGGGGCCUGGGUCAUGCCCCUUCUUGGGGCAGGCCCUGUGGCUUUGCUCUGGCCCACAGGAGCCAUGGUAGACAGUGCUCAGUAUUACCUUCUGCCUCAAGGUCUCAGGCCAGGCAGAAUGGCUGCACACAAGUUCCGCAGAGAGCAGGCAGGGUGGGUCUGUCUGUCUGUGGGCUUCAGCACUUUAAAAAGGCUGUGUGACCAGCCAGGACCCAGGGUCCCCUCCCAGCUCCCUUGGGAGGCCACAACAGUAUUAGAACGAGCGAGUACCCAGCCUCCGACAUGCUAAUUUAUUUCCCAAGUCCUCAGGUACAGCGGGGCUGUGCCUGGCGCCACCCUGAGCAGCCUGCCCCCCUUGCUAAGGAACCAGGCUUCGGGGAGUGUAAGCUGCGCCUUCCAUCCCUCAACCCCUAAGUUAUUACCUCUCCCCUUGUCCCUGUCGCACACUCGCCUCCAGCUGCCAUCCCAUUGUCUACCGUCAGUAAUUUAUACAGGGUUAAAAUGUAUAUAUUUUUGUAUGUCACUAUUUUUCAGUAGAGCUUAGGGGCCUGGUGGCUGAAGCUGGGCCCUGGACCCCCUGUUGCCAGUGAGAGGGCCAGGGAAGCUGUAGCUGUUUUUUAGAUCGGAGUCUGGCCUUGGACAGGUGCUAGAUGAGUGUUGGGGGUCACAGCUGUACCUUGGUAUUCUUUUUUUUGGUACCGGGGAUCGAACUUUGGACCUUGCGCUUGUGACGCAGGCGGCAGAAAACCACUGAGCUAAAUCCCCAGCCACCCUGGUAUUCUUUUCACCACCUUGGCCUUACUGUCCUCCCCUGCCUGGGGCUGGGGACAGACCCAGGCCUGCUGGUGUCAGGUCUGGGCAAAGGACUUGCACGUGGUGAAGGAUGCCAGACAGAUAGGAGAAAGACCCCUCCUGGGGGCUGGCUUUCAGGUUGGGGCAGAUGAGGGCAUGAGGCACCAAGGUACCACAAAGGGGGAAGGGUGCAUUGUCCUCUAAAGGCCCUAGCUAUAGCUUUGAUCCUGACUCCAACCCUCCAGAACAGACAAAGUCAAAUAAAGGAGCUGUCUGACUGCUA